AUGGCACCAAAACUCGAAACCCCUUCAUCUUCAACCUCUCAAUUCUGCUUCCCUCUUGCAUUUUCCAACAUUACCCCUAACCCAUCUAACUUCUUCUCCCCAAAACUCCUCUCCUCUGCUCUUCCCACCACUUCCUUCUUCACCAAUUUCACCCUAGAAAAUGGCGAUCAACCCAUCUUCGUCCACCCUUAUCUCGUCAAACUUUCUCUCUCCUCACUUUCUCUCUCAUACCCAUCUCUCACCUCGUCGUCUUCUUCCAUUUCCCAGGAUUUCUCCCCUGAUUUCACCAUUUCCACUUCACAAUCAUCUCCUCAUUUGGUGUCCGCGUUCAGCGAUUUGACUGUUACUGUUGAUUUCUUAGCCUCUGAUUUUAGGUUUUUGCUUGCAAGAGGAAGCCCUUAUGUCACUCUAGAAGUUUCUAGACCUUUGCCUCUCUUAUUUGCGACGAAUUCUGCAAUUCAAACUAUCUCCUCUUCUUCUUCUCAAACGAAACACAGAAUUGAACUUGAAAACAAUCAAACUUGGGUUGUUUACUCGUCUUCUGAGUUAAAUCUGGAAAAACAAGAUGAUACCCAUUUCAAAAGUUCAAAAUCAUUUUCUGGGGUAGUUAGAAUUGCUGUUAUUCCUCAAGAAAAAACAAACAAAUUUGAGGAAAUUCUUGAUUUUCACAACACUUGUUAUCCAACAAAUGGGGAAGCAGUCUUUUCAACCCCAUUUAGUUUGGAUUACAAAUGGGAGAAAAAGGGGUGGGGUGAAUUGUUGAUGUUAGCACAUCUUGUACAUGUUAAGCUGCUUUUAGUUUAUAAUUCUGGGGUUAAAGUUCUUGAUGAUUUUAGGUAUAAAAGCAUAGAUGGUGAUUUAGUUGGAAUUGUUGGCAAUCGAUGGAAUUUGAGGGUUGAUAAUAUUCCAAUUUCUUGGCAUUCAAUUAGAGGAAUUCCUGAAGAAAGUUACCCAGAAAUUGUUACUGCACUAUGGAAAGAUGUUGGGGCUUUAGGUUCGAACCCGAUUUCGACAACAAAUGUUUAUUACUAUUCAAUGCAGGUUUCUAGGGCUGCUAGAUUGGCUUUGAUUGCUGAAGAAGUGAAUUGUUUGGAAGUGAUUCCAGGGAUAAGGAAGUUUUUGAGAGAUUCAAUUGAACCUUGGUUAGUGGGUUCUUUUGAAAAAAAUGCGUUUUUGUAUGAUGAGAAAUGGGGUGGAGUUGUAUCAAAACAUGGUUCUGUUGAUCCGGAGGCAGAUGAUGGGUUUGGAUUUUACAAUAAUCAUGUUUAUGCAUUGGGUUAUUUUGUGUUUUCUAUUGCGGUUCUUUCGAAAAUUGAUGUUCAAUGGGGGAUGAAAUUUAAGAGGAAAGUGUAUGCACUAGUAGCCUCUUAUAUGAGCUUGGGAAAAGGGGAGAAAUCUAAGUACACUAAGCUUAGGUCAUUUGAUGUGUAUAAACUGCAUUCAUGGACGAGGAAUUUGAAUGAUGAUCAUGAACGGAAUUCCGAAAAUCCAAGUGCUUCUAUCAAUGCUUACUACUCAGCUGCACUGUUGGGUAAGGUGUUUGGUGAUGAUCAUCUUGUGGCUAUUGGCUCGACACUUGCUUCGUUUGAGAUCGAAGCAGCUAAGACAUGGUGGCAUGUUAAGGAAGGACAGGUUAUGAGGGGGAAUUCGUUGAGGAGAAUAAAAUGGUUGGUAUAG